AUGUUUACAAAGCGAUGUCUUGGAGUCUACAAGUGUUCGGUAGAUAGCUGCGAGUAUCUAGCAAGGCCCAAGCUGCCUGCAAGCAAGAGUGUAGACGCACUCCCCCUGGCUCCAGAGGAUCCAUGUAAGAUACAUAAGCAGCAAUUGAUCCACGUUCCAUGCCAGGCAAGAAUAAUGAUCGAGCGCAUUGGCAACCUUGAAAAAGCUCGCCAUACUGGUUUCCACUACCAUCAGCACCCACCAUCUAUUAAGCCGACCGCAGAGGCUAUGGCAUCAUUCGUGGAUAUGGUGAAGGUGGCAUCAGAGGCGGGGCCCAAGAUGUUGUUAGUUGGUACGAAUACUCGACCGUCUGUCUUGGAGCUCCAUGAUUCGUUCAAUAACCUCGGUCGUACUGCACACCACAGAAGGAAAAUCUUAAAUGGAAUUAAGAAACCUUGGAAUAUCACUUCUUUGGCUGCAUUCGACCGCGAGACGGUGCCUGUUGUGAUGUCAAUGCUGUUUGGAAAAACACAAAAGCACUAUAAGCACCAUUUUCUGGCAAUGUUUAAAUACUUACCUUUCAAAACAUUUGCUGAAUUUACUGAGGGCUUUUCUGGAAUGGUCUGUGACUUCAGUAAGGCGGAACGUGUGGGGUUUGAGCUUGCUGUCCGCGAAUAUUUUAGGCUCGAUGAUAAUCAUGAAGUACAGCUGGAGAACCACUACAGAUUCUGUGAAGUCCAUUUCCGUCGGUCCUUAAUGAGAGUGCAGAGAAAUUCUGCCGUAAUUCCACCUUCAGAAGAACUGGUUUUCAAUCGCAAAUGCCUAGAUCUCCUCGACAAGCACGCUGAAGAAAAGUUCCAUGGGCUUAUUCAAGAUUUGUUCUCAAAGGAUACAAAUGCCCAAGAGAGUCUGGGAGGGGACUUUAAGCGCCAUGCACCAACUAAUAAAAAGGGUAUGAAUGUCGGAGACACAGCAGCUCACAGCAACGAUGGUCGCGCGCCAGAUUGUAACAAGACACUGUUCCCUGAAAUAUUUAAGCGGCAACGUCGAGCAGGCCGCCCUAAAGGAAGUAAGAACAAAGUUCCCAAGUUAGUGAUUGACGAAGAAUGGGAAGGCCUCGCAAUACCUUGGCAGAUCCAAUAUGGGGACUUCGACGCAACCAAUACAUGCCCUUUAGACGCUCCUCUUAUGCUUUGGGUGCUUUUACGUAGGUUUUCCGGUAUGUGCUAUUCAACAGCCACCUUAAAGGCCUCUGAAGGAGCCGUACUGGAAGAAGUCGUAAAAUUGGUAUUAGUAAAAGAGCACAACAAGGCAAGACGGAUAUGGUGCAAAGAGAUCUUAGGUUUGACGGAAGGGGAGCAUGACUUAUGGGGGUCUGUUGAGAAUACCUUUACUGAUCAUUUGCAAGGCUUGGCUACAUUGAAAAUCACUUACGACUCGACGUGUUCUGAAGAGGGAUGCCCCAAUCGAAGUUCAAAAGAGACACAAAGCUCUGCUUAUUUUUUCAUGAAGGGAGAUGCACGGCACAUUAAUCAAGAAAGCUUUGACAUGUCGACUAAGAAAGAACACGCUCCCUGUUCUUUGCCAAUGCAGACCCAGGGACCCCGCAAGCGAAUGCUUUCAUUUAAUGUCGACAGUGGGACGUUGGAAUCCCUGGAUGUGUGCAGUGGCAUACGAGCAUAUUCCCGAAUGGAGUCAGACCGGGGGCAUUAUACGAGCAUGGCUAUGAUCAAGGGACGCUGGGUUUACUAUGAUGGUAUGAAACAGCGUAAGUUACAAUGGGUCGGUGACCAAAUGAUUGUUCCUGAUGGUUUUCAACCAACUCAGGUAUGGUACCUGAGGUCCCACGACCAAUUAGCCGGUAACGAGACGGAUAUCUCUAGUAGUGCCAGCACUACUAGUUCCAACGAAGGCUUAGGCGAGUACCAAGGGAGCUCCAAGGGGGAUUCAAAUGAGAAUCAAGGAAGCCUCAAGGAGGGUUCAAGUGCAAGUCAAGGAAGCUCUGAGGACGAUUCAAUUGAGAGCCACGGAAGCUCUAAAGAAGAUCCAAAGGUGGAUUGUAUUAAGCAGCCACAGAAAGCACAGCAAAACUAUCCAUUCAGUGUUCUCACCGACGUCGUUACCAAUAAGGGAAGGUUGCCAACACGUGAGGGCUGUAAUAGUCAGCUGGAGAGGCAAGCUAAAAGAAUUGUAGUCAAGGUCCCAAGUAACAUCAAGAAAGGGUGGUUUAUUACAAGGUCCUACCACUUUCUUCGGACUUGCCUCACUAAGCUGCCUCAAGAGCAGUACGAUGUGGCCAUGCGGCAACUGGGAGUGCGGGUAACACGAUCACAGCAUCUGCAAAGAGUGGAACUAUUGGAGAAUAAUAGUAUUGCAUAG